GCAUGGAGGUUAGACUAGUGGCUUCUGAGAGGUAAGACGCGAGGACGUCGGUAGUCUACAGUGUAGCCAGCAUCUGAUAGAUAGAGUGAAUCAGUUAGUGGGAUCUCUCAGUUAGCUGACACUUGAAUCAAGAUGGCUGUCCUUGGUGUGCAGUUUGUCUUCAGCCUGGUCAUGUUCAGUUUCCUCCAGAAGCUGUCACCCUACUAUUCCUUUGCUCGAUGGCUGAUGUGUAGAAGAUUGGUGCGAUAUCUACACCCGACAGAUGAAGAUUUAAGAACUCAGGCAGGGAUUGCACCCCCAGGGAAAGGCAAGGGGAGGAGGAACGACAAGAAGGAAAAAAGUAACAAUACAACAGAGACAUUCAUGGUACCCAGAAACAUUGACAUUCAGCUGGAAAUGACUAGAGUGGAACCUGUUGACUUGGUUCCAUUACACUUUUACCCUGAGUUCCAGUGGCUCCUGGACUUCUCCGUCUGUGCAUGCAUAGUGUAUAUUCUGACAGAGAUCUAUUAUGCUUUGAGUAUGCAUCACAUUGAGUUCAAUGCAAGCAUCCUUUGGUGCCUCCUUGCUAUCGGUUUCUGUCUUCGCACAUUGCUCUCACAAACAGCUCUUUACUUUCGCACUGAAGAGGGGGGAGAGAGAAUAUUGUGCAUAACAUUUGGUUUUUUCUACUUAGUUUUAGGAAUGGGAGUACUUGUAGUUGGUGAUGAUAUUUUGGAGUUUGGACUUGAGGAGGGAUAUCGUAAUUUCUCAGGCAAUGCUGAACAGUUCUUAAAACAACAAGGUGUGGAAUCCACUGGCCCAGUAUCACUUCUCACAUUCAAAAUUGUGCUUGCCAUUACUUGUUCAAUUCUUGGAGCAUUUCUGACGUUUCCUGGACUACGACUUGCUAAACUCCACUCAGAUGCCAUGAAAUAUGCAAGGGAAAAUUAUGUAAGGCAAACAUUACUCCAUUUUAACUAUGCACUGCCACUUCUCAUUGUGUUGUCCUACAUCAAGCCUAUUGCUCGCAAUGUGUUUUGUGGUCACCUGUGGACAUCAACAGGGGCCUUGAUUCCAGAUGAUUCAUUUGACAACAUUAGAUUACUGCUUGUUGUCGGUAUGUUUGUAGCUAGAUUAGCCUUGUUCUCCACCUUCAUGCAGUCUCACCUGAACCUGGCACAUUUGAAGUUACAACUAAUGAAGCGUGAAGCUGGCAAGAUUAGUAAUGUUGACCUACAGAAGAUGAUAACCCGUGUGUUCUACUACCUGUGUGUUGUGGCUCUGCAGUACAUCACUCCAGUCAUCUUGAUCCUCUUCAUGAGCUUCCUCCUCAAGACGCUGGGAGACUACUCGUGGACAACUGUCUUGGGAGAAAAGGUCACUACUCUUUGGUCUCAAAAGAAUCAAGGAAACAGACUAAUGGUUGCAUCUACCAAGGUCAAUGAAACAGACAGUAUUUUAGACACAGCAGCUCAUUUCACUUAUACCAUUGGAAACCUGCGCACUAUUUUCACCCCUGUGUGGUACCGUGGUCUGCUGUCGUUCUUGAUGUGGUGGAUGUGUACAGUGUGGUUCACCAGCACCAGUCUCGGCAUGUUGUACUACUCUCAGUCAGAAACUAUGACUAGUUAACUACGUGUAUUUGUGGAACAGCAAACCUACUGAAUAGUGUAUUCAUGAUGGGAUUGUUUUUAUCAACAGAUAUCCAAUACAGUGUUU